AUGGCGACCGCAAUUCCCUCGAUAGCCUGCCUGGGGGUGAUUGGCCGAAAUAACAACCCGCUCCACGUCGCCAUCUUCCCCUCGUACGAUCCCGUCACCAAUAACUUUGCCCCCGUGCGCACGCCGCUGCAGUUCUCGCUGCUCCUGUCUAGCACGCUCGACGUCUUUGAGCUGCGCGCCCGGCACAAUGCCGCCACCGGCGUCGGCCUGAGUGGCGACUUUGGCCUCCUCCACGCCGUCGACGAGCGCCUCGCCGCCUACGGCUUCGAGACAAACACGGGCACCAAGUUUGUCGUCCUCGUCGAUAUGCGCGGCCGCCGCAUCGACGGUGCCAUCGCCGCCGGCCUCGUGGACAUUAAGGAGAAGCGGCUCGGCGCUGUCGCCGUGGGGCUGCGCGAGGGCGAGAUGAAGCCAGUGUUCAAGGCUAUGCAAACGGCCUACGUCAAGCUGCUGCAGAACCCAUUCUUCGACCCGGACGAGCACGCACCGCCGGCCGGCCACGGCGGGAAGAAGAUCACGAGCAGGAAGUUUGCCGACGACAUGCGGAGAAUUGGGGAGACUUGGACCCCUGGCGUUACGAACCUCUGA